CCACUCUCCUCCAGAAACCCUCAUUACUAAAUCCAAAACCCGAAAACCGAUUCAUAAUAACAAAAAUUAUUCAAAGCCACCCGUUCUCUUUUUCAGCAUUGCACCAAAUUAUCCUCCUUUUUCUUGUUUUUCUUCUGCACAGCUUUUCAAAGUGCAAACUGCCUCUCAUUUUGUGUUGCAGAACCUUCCUCUCUCUCUCUCUCUCUCUCUCUCUCUCUCUCUUUCCCUCUCUAGAAACCCGGAAGGUAGAGCUGAAUGGUAGAAUGAGAUUUCAGUCAAGCUAAACAGUUUCUUUGGUUGUUUGCUAAGUCUGGCUUGUAGAAGUUGAUUGCAAGUUUUGAGUAGCUGGAGCCAAUGUUAGCAACUGUCACAUCCCCAAGCCUCCAUUGAUUGUCAUUCUGUAUCAAGCUUUCCCCUGCAGCAACUUUGUAACCUUGUAUCUGCUAUCCAGAAACGGGAGUCCUAAGCAGUCUGGUUAUAAGAUGACUGAAGUUUCAAGUUCGUGCAUUUUUUUCAGUGGCACAUGUUGUUUUAACAAAAUUUAGCAGCACUCUAUUAAUCAAUUGAAAAUGGAGAUUAAAGAGUCUGAGAGGAUAGUUGUAGCUAAACCAGUUGCUUCAAGGCCUACCUGUUCCAGUUUUAGGUCUUUCUCUGAGCUCCUUGCAGGUGCCAUCAAUGCGUCGCCCCCAACCCCAUGUCCUGAAACUUCUUUUGCUGCCAUUAGACCAAAGACAGUGAGGUUCAAACCCGUGGCAAACCGUGCUCCAAUUGGGGUGGUUUCUUCCCAGGCUCAAGUAUCUGGAACAGAAGUUUGUAAUUCGUCUGAUAAGGUUUUAAAAUCAGACAGCAAACCCACUGUGGUAUACAAGCCCUUGGCAAAGCUUGUAUCAAAGACAACUGUUUCUCUGCUAGCAAAUCUGGGGAACUCCAAUAUGAGCCACCAGCAAACACUAGCACAGGUGGAGGCCCGUGUUCAACCUCCAAACCAAGAUAGACAACAUUCCAGACCUCACCUUAGCUCAAAUCUACAUCAGACUUUUCCAUCUCAAGAAGAAACAGAUAGAACAAGCGAGCCCUCUAAGACAGCAUCACAGAAUCUGGAAGAAGAUCAGAAACCUUUGCUUCCCUCAAGCAAUGGGGACCGACCUUCCUAUGAUGGAUAUAAUUGGAGAAAAUAUGGCCAAAAGCAAGUCAAAGGAAGUGAGUAUCCCAGAAGCUACUACAAGUGCACAUUCCCAAGUUGUCCUGUGAAGAAGAAGGUAGAAAGAUCAUUGGAUGGGCAGAUAGCAGAAAUUGUCUACAAAGGUGAGCACAAUCAUUCAAAACCUCAACCUCCUAAACGCAAUUCAUCAGGGACACUGGGGCAGGGAUUUGUAUCUGCUGAUGGAACUGGUCAAGAUACCAACAACCCAGCAUGGGGUACCCACCUGAAUGAGAGGAAUGAAGGUUCUGAAGGUAGAAUUGAGAAUCAGAAUGAAGUUGGAUUAUCCACCCAUUCAACAUAUCCAGGCAAAGCUCCACUAAAUUAUGAUUCUGGUACAACUGGAGCAUUAAAGGCAGGUGGUGGUACUCCAGAUAAUUCUUGUGGUCUUAGUGGAGAUUGUGAGGAAGGAAGCAAGGGAUUGGAGCCAGAGGAAGAUGAACCCAGGAGUAAGAGAAGGAAAAGUGAGAAUCAAUCCAGUGAAACAGUCAUUGUAGGGGAAGGUGCACAAGAACCACGUAUUGUUGUGCAAAAUUCUACAGAUUCUGAGAUCCUGGGUGAUGGCUUUCGCUGGAGAAAAUAUGGGCAGAAGGUUGUGAAGGGAAAUUCAUAUCCCAGAAGUUACUAUAGAUGCACUAGUCUCAAGUGCAAUGUGCGCAAGCAUGUGGAAAGAGCAUCAGAGGACCCAGGGUCAUUUAUCACAACAUACGAGGGAAAACAUAACCAUGAUAUGCCAACCAGGAAUACAAAUGCAGCAACCUCUGAACCAGAUAUGCAGGCCCAUACGAAUAAAGAGAAACCAUGAACGAUAGUGCUGUGGAAAUCGAUUAUCUAACGAAGUAUAGUUAAAAAAAAGUCCAGUUGGAACAGAAAUCAAACAACCAGAGCUAUUCUGACACUGGCCAUGACUAUUCCACUUUAACAUCCUAUCUUUUUCCCUGGGAAUUUCAUAUGUGAAGCCUUCUUGAUGAAGAUAAUUUUGUGUGGAAUAUAAUAAGAAUUUUCAGAUAGGUGGGAGUUAUCAUCUGUUUUAGCUUUUUCUCCAAUUGCUGCUUGCUCUUUAGCUAUGAGUACACUUUUAUCUUUUCAAUUGUUUUCUACUUGAUAGAAUUAGUAGAA